AUGGCUAAUAAAAGUUUUGUAAUCGGUGCACUUCUUUAUCCCGAUUAUGACCUUUUGGAUUUUAAUGGUGCGAUUCGUUUUCUAGGAAGUUUAAAAUCUGAACAGAAGCUUGAUGUAAAGAUAAUUACAAUUUCUCAAAACGGAGGAAAAUGCGCAUCUGCUAGUCAAUGUCUUAAUUGGUCAGAUUAUUCUUUUGAUGAUUGUCCCAACUUUAAUGUUUUGUUGAUACCAGGUAGUAGGAGUUACGCUCAAGAAAUCGAAAACCAAGCUAUGAUAAAUUUUAUCAAUAAAUGGAUUCCGAAAGUAGAUUAUGUUUUAUCGGUUUGUUCCGCAAGUGCUAUUAUAGCCAGUACAGGUCAUUUAAAUGGUAAAAAGGCUACAUCAAAUAAAUCACUAUACGAUUCUGUUAUCACUUAUGGUCCAGAAGUAAAAUGGGUUAGACAUGCUAGAUGGAUUGUUGACGGGAAAUUCUAUACAUCAGGCGGAAAGGUUGGACUCAGAUUGAAUAUUCAGCAAUCUCAACCAUUAGAAGAAUUGUUUGUUGAUAUUCCAUAG